AUGUGCCAUUUAGUUAUUAGCCAUACCCUCGGAGCCGUUGCCCUCGCAAUCACCGAAUCAUGUCGUCGUCGACGGGUUUAUGCCCAACCAAGCAUGAUACCCAUUCGCCAAAUCACUAACAUCGGUUUUGGGUCCUUGCCCCUCUGCCGUCCAGGCCUCCGUCAUUUCAGCUACAACUCCGCUUUCCGUAAACUCAAAAUCUUCUCAGCCACUACCUCCGAAGGACAGGAUCCCUGGAGGCAUUGCCAGUCCCCAGACACCUAUUUGCUGUACGGCAAUACUUCCCGUUCAAUCAAUUGCUUCCUGGCACAGCUGCUAGAUGGUGGUUUCAUGGCUUUCGAUACAGUUUCUCACGUCCCCAAGUCUCAUAUUCUGUCGGGCCCGCCUGUAUGGAGUAUGUGUAUACGGCUUGCUAGUGAGACACCUAUCUUGAGUUUCCUCUACACCCCCUAG